CACGAAUGGUCAACAUCACCACCACCACCACCACGAUCCUCAAUUAUUACGCCAGUUAAAUUCAGGACGUCCACUUUGAUGUGCAUGCAUUCACUCGACGUUUGUGGUGCAAAGAAAUGGCUGGGACAGGCAGGUCCAAGCUUUGGAUGGUGGAGGCACUGAGUGACACAGUUCAUAUUUGCGACGCCUCGUCUAAAUUACGUUGCUCGACCGAGCCGCAGCGAUGAAGGGCGCCGUGCAGCUUCGUUUCCGCAGCAGCUCUCUUCAAAUUUGAACCUCACGACGACCUCCAAGUGGCUAAUAAUGUUCCCCCUACGUGUCCCUCUCCCCCUCUUUCUAUCUCUCUUUACGCUCGCCUCGUGCGUCUCCCAUUCGUAUUUCGUGGUCAAGGAACCCCAGGGGAACGGGCAGUGGUAUAACGAUGCUGUGAAUAUCCUUACGUGGGAGAAGGGGGUCUGGGAUGGGAUCACAGAGUUUGAUAUCGAGAUGACGAGGCUGAGCGAGGAUGGGGUAACGUAUAUCGCGUAUAACGUCCAAGCCUAUCCCUCAUCUGCUUCGUCCCUGAAUAUCUACCUACAGGACGUGCCGACGGGGGACGACUAUUAUAUCGUGCUCAUGAACUCGACGCAUGGGGUUAGGCAUUGCUUGUCGGCAAUGUUCUCUAUCGUGAAUGCUUCUACGGAUGUGACGUCGUCUUCGUCAGUGUCUGCUAGUUCGACGGAUACGUCGAUACCGACGGUGACCGUGAGCGGCUCGCCGGACCCGACGAAGGGAUUUGUGACGACGUUUGCGAGUAGGGCUAGUUCGGUGGUGUGGGCGGUGGCGAGGGCACAGGUGUGUGGUGGUGUGGCGGUGGUGGUGGGCGUAUUGGUGGGUGCGCUGUUGGUGCUGUGAUGAUAUAUCGGUUUCCUUUUUACACCUGGAGUGUAUACCAUGGACUUUAUAUAUUUUUAUUUUAG